AUGACGAAAUCCAACAUGAUCCCGGAGCACACGUUUAUCUCCUGUUCUCACCCUGCUGUUCUCACCCUGCUGUUCUCACCCUGCUGUUCUCACCCUGCUGUUCUCACCCUGCUGUUCUCACCCUGCUGUCCUCACCCUGCUGUUCUCACCCUGCUGUUCUCACCCUGCUGUUCUCACCCUGCUGUUCUCACCCUGCUGUCCUCACCCUGCUGUUCUCACCCUGCUGUUCUCACCCUGCUGUCCUCACCCUGCUGUUCUCACCCUGCUGUCCUCAUCCUGCUGUCCUCAUCCUGCUGUCCUCAUCCUGCUGUCCUCAUCCUGCUGUCCUCAUCCCACCAGAAAAACACCACGUCAACACCAGGGUCCACCAUAGGCACAGAUCAGUGCGAUCCUCAGCCACUGCGCAGGCGCAUCAGGCCAGACGCAAGCAAUCCACCCAGAGCGCAUCGACCAUAG